AUGGCACCCGCGACCGCAGACCUCUCGCCAAUCUGGCAGUCCUUCCCUGUGGAGCUUGUGCAACGAGUUCUUCAUGAGUUCGUCACUCCUCAUCUCUCGAACAUUGACUCGGACCCGUUUUAUCCCUGGAUGAACCUCCGCCAGCUGAAUCAUCAGCAGAGGCGGCGGAUCGAUGCUGUAUACCGACAGCUCUUACUCCCCAUGUUGUACCUGUACCGUGAUGUAGAGUUUUGCCCUGCUUCAAACCGUCCUGAGAUAACACAUAUCAGGGAGGGGCGGUUUCAUCGGCGCUGGGUGGGGGACAAAGAUGAAGGCUAUGAUUCCACCAACGGCACAAUAACCUUGUGUCUGACCAGAUCUUCCUGUUAUCUACAUAUGGAGGACGGUCAUGACAUGCAUCAUGACAUGCAUCCGAACUUUGAUGCUUCAAAGGGGUGGAAUAAAUAUGUUAACAGCUUCCCACCCGGUGGGCUUUACGUCAACCCAGACCCCUACUACCGAUUCGGUCUGAAGUUGAUCUAUAAGUCUCGUUGGUAUUCGGGUGAUGGUAUCACCUGCUUGGAGGGGAAGAUACCGGCCAGCUAUGUCCCUGACGUCCAAGAUGAUUCCGACGAUGACUCCAUCAAGGUCAGCUGGAGCCAACUCAUUGGCGCCGUGAUUCGGGCAUGGAAGAAACGUGUUAUUAGGGAUGCGCGGAUGGAUAAUCAAUGGUAUAUCCCCCGGGAGCGCCUUGAGGAUCUCGAUGUACCCAUUGUUUGA